UUAUUCAAACAGAGAACGAAUGCUGUUUUGAGUGAAUGGUAUAACUCGUGUUCGUGUGAUCGAUACCGAUUCGAGGCAAUGACGACAGACAUGUUUUCAAAGCUUAGACAGGAGGGAAUGCCUAAUUUUAGAAUAAGAAUGGCAAUUGUACUAUAUUUAUAAAUUUAAGAAAAAGCAUAAAAUUCAAAUUGACUUCUAGGUUGGAUAGUGAAAAUGCCAUAAAAGAUUCAAACAAGAAAAGUGAUCAUGGAGGAGAAAACAUGAUUAGUACUAAUGCUGUGGAUGAACCAACAAUAAAGAAAGUCAAACUGACUAAAGACAACACAGUGGUUGAAACUACUAAGAUGGCCAAAGAUUACCUUGGACAGGAAGAUUUUGAAGAAACAAAAGCAGGAGCUAGAGCUGUGAGAGACAGUAGCAAAGCAGCCAUGAAGAGACUUAGUACUAUGGCCAAGACUGCUAAAGAAGGAGAAGCUCUACUUAAAGAGUUGGGACACUCUGAUGAAGGAACAGAGUCACAGAGAAGGCGUACUAGGUCUCAAACUCGGGGAGAUCCUGUUCCUCCACCACUUCAAAAGAGAACCCCUAGACAGGAAACACCUAGACGAGGACGAAGAGGAAGGCCACGAAAAGAUGAAAGCAGGUCACCGAGUGAGGACCUUGACCAAAAGGAUGAAGAAGAAAUAACAGAAGCAAAUGAUGACAAAAAAGAAGAAGUGAACAAGGAAAAUGAAGACCAGAAAGAGAAGGAAAUGAACACACAGACAGAGGUGUCUACAGCAGAAAAUGAACCACCUGCAAAUCAAAACUGAUAUUUUAUGUCACUCAUUUGUAUUUUCAACAAGCAGCUUCAUUGCCAUAGAAAGGGGGUUUGGAAGAAUUAAAAAAAAAUGUUGAGGUAAAAUUCAUAGAAAGGGACAACCUAACUCACUAAUUCCCAGAGGUUUUUAUGUUUUUCUUGAAAACUAGAAUGAAAGACAAAAAAAUUUCUGUAGAAUCUUGCAUUUGUCAGUUUUUUCAUCUUAAACUUGUAGCUUUUGCAACUUUACGUUUUACAUAUUAGUUAUUUUAUGUUAUAUAUUUUUUGUUUAUUUUUAAGGAAAGUUCAUGGCUUUUAUUCUUGAGAUUAUUAUGGUCAUCCCAUAUUAUGAUGCUUUGUAAUAAGUGGCCACAGCUGAAUAUUCAGCUAUUUAGUAAAAGUUAAAAAGAUAUAGGCUUAUAUAAUCUGAUUUUUUUUUAAUUAAAAUAAUUGUUUAAAUUAUAACUGGCAUCAUUCCUAAUACAAAAAUAUGAUAAAUUUUUGACAACUCUAAGUGAAAGUUAAGACUAUUAAAAUAUGUUCACAGAGAUUAAAUGUUACUGCACAGGCUAAAUUACAGUAACUUAAUCUUCUAAUCUUUAGCAACAUACAACUAAAUGCUUUGGAGCUCGUAUUAUCAAAUCCUGUACUUAUAUUGUUUAUAAAUGUAUAGAAUUUAUAAAUCUGGCUGUGGUGAACACAACACAUAUAUAAGUUUUACAUGUAUUAUUAUGGAAGUAUAUAGUGAAUAUUUAAUGGUUCAUCAUUUAUCUGUAGCAUUUGGUACAGAUUACAUUUUUGUUAACAUCUUCAGUUUUGUUUUUAAACACAUCAAACACUUUUAAGACUACAUUUGCAAUGUUUUAUCUAUUUAAGUGCCAAAAUUACUGAUUUAUUUUAUUCCAUAAAUGAAGAAAGUUAUUUUAAAAUUUAAAUGUUUUUUAUUGAUUAUCUAAAAUGUAAAAGUUAAGACAGCUAGUAAUUAUGCAAGUAAACUAAUUUAUUACUCAUUUGCAUGUUUUCAUUGCAAAUGGUUCUAAUAUACAUGGCAAUACAUUUUCUUGCUCUGAGUAAGUAAUUAGUGAUUUAAAAAGUGACAAAUAUUUCUUGAUACAAAUUACAACCUUUUUUAUUUGUUUUUAAUUUUUGGUAAAUUUGCAUAUUACUGAAACAUACAACAGAUUUGUUAAGUUCAGCAUAAUUAAGAACAUGAAGUGCCGGUUUGAGUGUAUUUUUUUUCCUACUGAGUAUUUUGUUGUAUUUAAUGCACUGAGAAAUUAUUAAAGAUAAACAUGACAAUUGAAUAAUUGAUAAAUCUCAAUUUUUUAUUUUAUACAACUUUUAGUUACUAUUUUCUCAGAUUGUAAUUUUGUUUGCAUGACAUAGGGUUUUAGAAAUUCUGUUUCUUUAUUAACAUGUCUUUUUCUUUUAGGUUUAAAAAAUUACUUUUAUCUCAGUUGCAACAUUUGUGAUGGAAAAGUUGAAUCCCUUACCAACUCAGUUCUGUUGGGCUAUUUUUGCAUGAAUUUAAAAGUUGUAGAUUCCAUAUUGUUUUAUACAUAAACAGUAUACUUCACCCAAAACACAUAUCAAAAUGAAAUAAAAAACUUAAAUGGUAAAUUUUAGUAGAUUUAAAAAUAAAUACCCAGUGAAUGUAGUUUUUUUUGAGAUUUUUAUGAUGCUAUAAACAUUUUUGGAAUUUAAGUUAGGUAUGAUUAAAAUAUAAUGUUUGGUUUGCUUCCCUUUUUUUAGGGGGGGGGGGGAGUUUGGUGACAAUUUUGUAGAAUUAUUGAUUUAAGUACUGCAGCAUAAAAAAGAAGCUUCAUGAGCCUGAGAUAGUUAGUAAAGAAUGUGGAAAACUUUAAAGCAAUUUUGAUAUAACUUUUCAUCAUUAAAAACACUCAGUAUCUUUCUGUAUCAACAAUUCUAAUACUAGUUUGAUUACUUUAUUAUUAAAGAUAAGAAGCCAUUAUUAACUAUUGCUACAUAUGUUUAUAAGUUUCUCACUCUUUCUCUUCUAAGGUUAAACUUUACAUUUGUUCUAUAUUUCUUAAGUUUAUCAAUUAUAGUUUGAUAAACCUAGUUUUACUCCUUUUUUUUCUUCUUGACAUGCAGAUCUGUAGUAAAAUUAUUUGAAAGAAACUGUCAUACACCUUCCAGGCACAGUUGCAAUAUGUAUUUAGUUUUAUACAACAACAGGACUCAAGCUAUAAUAUAUAGUUAUUUGCAAUCUUCAUAUUGAAAACUGAAUAUUUAAUGAUCAUGUUAUGUAUGUAUCAAAGUAUACAAAUAAAUAAAACUUUAAAUGCACAAACAUUAUGAAAUGUCACCUUUCAGUAUCAAUGAUUCUGUGUAUUUCUAUAAUAGUACAAAUUUGCCCUAAAAGUGUGAAUAAAAGGAAUUGUACCACAUUUUACUGAGCACACAAUUUUAUGGUGUAUUUUGAAUAUUUUUUUUCAGUUAUACAGUAGCUGGUAUGUAUCACCUUCUACACACUUUUGAAUUUAAACAAUUCAACAAUCUUGUUAUAAAACAAUUUCAACCUAUUUUUGAAGUUGAAAUUUAAUUUUUGUUUAGGUAAUAGCCAUAUAUUAUUUUAAUAGUUUGAUGUUAUAUUACUGUUAUUAUAAGUAAAACUCUUACUGUCUGUCCAUUUUACUGUAAUUAUGGUAAUUCUGUACAUCUUAACAGUAGAAUUUUAAUAUGGUUUAUAAUUUGACAACUAUUGCUAUGGGGAAGAUCUUUUUAAUCAGUUUGUUAUACCUACGUAUCCAUAACAAUCAUGUAUAAUAUAUCUGAAAUGAGAUUUUUCAUCAGUUAGGUUUAAGUUACUGUGCCACAACACACUGUCAUGAUGUGACAGAGGCCACACAUAUGAAAUGUAGCAAGAAAAUAGAGCAUUGAUGUUAUUGAACAGGUUUCUUACAGUAGUAAAAUUAUAGGUUUUAACUUAUAUUGUGUGUUAAGUACAAAAAUUAAGUAGAAAAUGAGUAUUUGAUGUUUUUCAGACCUUUUUUUGGGCAUCCUAUGAGAUCAUGCUAAGUAUUCAGUGUAUGUCUUCGUAAAUCACGUUUUCCUGUAGGAAUUAUUAAACAGUGUAAUUUAUAUAAAGUUAAAUACAGCAGGUAGCAUCAACAUAACUUAAUAUUGUUUUGAAUAUUGUUAAUAAACAGAAGAGUAAGAAAACUACAAAGAAACAGGUAUAUUAAGUGCAAUUUUAUCUGAAUAAUUAAGCAAAUUUGAACAUGAAUUUAAAAAGUUCAUAGGAAAUUUUCUCACUUAAAUACUUACAUCUUUAUUUUUCUUAAUGUUUUGGUGGCAUCAAGAAAAGAAACUUGAAAAAUUAUUAGUCUCUUUUUAUGGAAGAUAACUAGAAUGAGAGAAAAAGUAGAUCUAGCAAAUGGUUUUUAUCCUAAAUAUUAUUAUUGUCUAUAUGCCCCCUAGUGGCACAACAGUAAGUGAGCAGAGUUAUAGUACUAGAAAUUGGGUUUCAAUACAUGUGGUAGGCAUAGCACGGAUAGCUCAUUAUGUAGCUUUGUGCUUAACUAAAAACAAACAAAUUACUUUUAUUUCAUGUUUUUGUUUUUUAUUUUAUAGUUUUUCAAGCUAACUGUUGUAGCUGCAUUUGUAAAUUAUGUUAUGUACACAUCAAAAUUAUGAAAUAUGGAUUUUUUUUAAUUCAGAUAAAUUUCAUGUAUUUGCAGUUUGUUUUAAAAGUAUUUUGUAUAGACUGAAUGAAGGAUAAAUUUGUUUCAUUUCUUUUUGUUUAAGGAAAAUGGGUGUAACACUAAAAUCUCAUAUCAUUAAUUUUUAAUCUCGUUAUUCUAAAGAAAUGAGUAUUUCAGACUACUAUGAAGAAUUUAAUAAUGUGCAAAUAUAAAGUCAGCAUUAGAAAAAGUAUGCAAUUGGCAAUGAUUGGAACAGUUGUUUUCAAACUUUUGUGUAUUUAAUCAUAUGCUAGCCAGUGAACUAUGAGAAAAUUGUUAUUUGUAUUGAAGUAUGGUGUUUGGUUUAAAUUAUUUAAUAAAAGUACCUGUCAGGUUGUCCCAUUCCAAGCAAUACACAUUUUAGUUCCCCAUCAUUACAUACAUUUUAUCUCUUUUGUCUUUAAAUCAUGUGUGAACUGUAAUGUGUUGUCAGUUUUAAUAAUAAAUGUCCCUUCUAUUAAUAUA